AUGUCUACUGGAUUCGACAGGCACAUCACCAUUUUCUCGCCAGAGGGCAGGCUUUUCCAGGUUGAGUAUGCCUUCAAAGCGAUCAACUCCUCGAACAUUACCGGUCUCGGAAUAUGUGGCGAGGACUCUGUAGUGCUUGUUUCGCAAAAGAAAGUUUCGGAUAAGCUGCUCGACCCAUCAACCAUCACGUAUCUGUUUCAAAUUUCCCCCUCGGUCGGUAUGUUGGCCACGGGAUCAAUAGCAGACGCUAGAGUGCAGGCUAUGAAGGCGAGAGCCGAAGCUGCUGAGUUCAAGUACAAGUACGGAUACGCGAUGUCUUCUGAUGCUUUGGCCAGAAGAAUGGCGAAUCUGUCCCAGAUAUACACGCAGAGAGCGUAUAUGAGACCUUUGGGUGUGUCGCUGCUAUUUUGUUCGAUAGACGACGAACAAGGGCCUUCUCUGUUCAAAACUGACCCUGCCGGUUACUAUUUCAGCGCUAAGGCCACUGCUGCGGGUCCCAAGCAACAGGAGGUUUUGACUUCGCUGGAGAAGACUUUCAAGAAGAAGAAGACUCUGGUAAAGGGAGAUUGGACCAAAGUUGUAGAGUUUGCAAUUAUCACGUUGAGUGAUACUCUAGGGACGGACUUCAGGAAGAACGACUUGGAGGUGGGUGUUGCUACGGCUGCAGGGUUCAAGGCGUUGUCCCCUGAUGAGAUUGAUGAGCGUUUGAUUGCCAUUGCUGAGCAGGAUUAG